CAUCACCCGUGUUCUGGCUUCUCAUUGGCUUUGCAUUAGACUUAAGUGCCCUCAGGUGCCCCUGCGGAGGUAGUUCAGGGUGUGUGUGUUCAGUGUGUGUGUUCAGGGUGUGUGUGUGUGUUCAGUGUGUGUGUGUUCAGGGUGUGUGUGCGUCAUGGCCACACCGCGCAGGAUUCAGCUCACUACUCUGUCUGUUCAUUCCGCUGUUAAUGCGCGCAGUGGGGCUGAUUUACCCCACACCCCGGGGGUAACUGCCCCUCCUGCUCCUCACUGCCGGCUGGAGCUCGUCCUGUUCGAGCCGGAUGAUGCGCGCUGUGCGGAGUUUCACUAUCCGCACCUGACCGCGGUCAGAGGUAAAGGCAGUGAUGAGACUCUGAGUGAGGAGCUGGAGGAAGAGGAUGGAGAUGGAGAUGGAGAUGAGCUUCAGGCUCUGGCCAGAAUGUUCCAGAAGAAAUACGGCGGAGCUCCGAAACGGAGGAAGGACAGAGUGCAGGAUUUGGUGGACAUGGGCUACGGCUACGACGACACCGACUCCUUUAUUGAUAACUCGGAGGCGUAUGACGAGUUGGUUCCAGCAUGUCUUACAACCAAGUAUGGAGGAUUUUACGUCAACGUCGGGACUCUGCAGUUUCGCCAGGCUUCAGGAGAAGAAAACGAGACCGAUGACUUUGAGGAGAACGUUAAACCCAAGAAACGAAAGUUGAAAGAAGGAGGCGAGGUGAAGAUGAACAAGAAGAAGAGGAAGAGAAAAGAGGACGUUCGGUCUAAGGGAGAAAACACAAAACACAGCGUACCAUCAGGAGAUAAGAAAAAGAAAGCGAGUAAGCAGCAGCAGAACCUGGAUGGCAUGUUGAGGAAAUUUCACAAGGAGAAGCUUCAGGAGCUCCAGCUGUUCAGCAUGAGGAAGGAAUCACCUCCAGCAGCUAGCCACGACUCCAGCGACCGGGCCAAGUCCGUCUCGGAGGAUCCGCUGUCGACGCUCGUUGGUCCAGGCAGUGCUGAUGACCUUCACCAAGCAGUGAUGGAGCAGGACGAGCUCUUGACUAACGAUCAGAACCAGGAGAACCGCGAGACUCUAGCUGAGACGUCUCGGCCUUCACUUCCUGAUGGUUUACCUCCUACACUGGAACGAAGCCUACAAGAACUUACUCAGGAUGAUCAGCUGACGGUUCUGAUCCGGAGGCUGGAGGAGACGGUGUUCCGAGUCAUGCCCGAGCAGAUCCAUCGGUUCAAUGAUCACUGCCAAGCUCACUCCGAAGCCAGAGCUGCCAAACUGGAAGCUGUGAAAGAAAAGAGAGCUGUGGAAGGAUCUGAUGAAGAGGACGAUGAUUUGAGUGGAAAACGAGUUUUUGGACCUCGGAAGAGAUUCAGAUGGAACGAGGAGAUCAGGGAGGUGUUGUGCGAGGUGGUGAGGCUGAAGAUGAGCAGCUAUGAGCUCGACGCUCCCAGUAAUCAGAGUCUAGAGGAUUAUUUGAAGUCUUUUUUGGAGGCGAGUGUGAAGACACUGUGGCCUAGAGGAUGGAUGCAGUCCAGGAUCCUGCUGAUUGAGAGUCGGAGAGUUCACGCUCACAUCACGGGCGUAGUAGCGAGGAAGAAAUCCAUGACCGUGCCGAAAUCUGAAAAGGGUUGCCGUGGCGCUGGAGUCUAUCCCGGGAAUACCGGGAGGAAGUGUGAAGAAAACGUAGACGUUCAGACAGUUCCUGCUAACAGAGCGCAAUCAGGAGCGAAGUCUCAGAAGAUUCCUUCUGCGUGUGGAGGUUCUGUUCCGCAGCCACUUCCUGCUGAGGAAAAGGAAAAACCUCAGAAGCUCUCGGUUGCUGAGCGAGACGUCUACUUUCCCCCGAGACUUUCCCUCCUCUCGACCGCAUCGUUUUGCAGAGCGCCCUUUUCUCUGGCUGUGGCAGCGAUGGAAGGUUCGUGUGGAGAUCCGGCUCUUCCCACUCCAUCUCUCUCCCACCAGACGUCAUCUCCUCCUCCCGGUGCUCCGGAUUCGGGAGCGUUAAAGACCGUAACGCCGCUGCACGCUUCACCCUUCCCCGGUCUUCCUCACGAUGGCAAACCUGCUGGUCAUACAGAGAUCUGCAGAACGUCCGAACUCGCCAGCGGAGCGCUCCAGUACGGUCUCUCACACGAUGGAAGUCCGAUUCAUGCAGGAGGAGCGAACGCUCCGAGAAACCUGCCCUGAAGAAGAGGAACGCGGGAAGGAAAUGCAGAAGACGACAAACCUGCGUUCAUUAACAUCCUGGUAACAGAACAGGACUUUACAGCGGUAAGAGCACAAAGUAAAUCAGGAGGAAUUUCUGUGUUUGUCUUCAAAACUUUAAAUCUAAAAAAAUAAAAUUGUAAUGCAUUUAUAAAUAAAAACAUUAUUAAAAUUAUGAUAAAAAUUGAAUGCAAAUGAAAUAUUACUUGACUUGAUGACCUAAAGGUGAAAAGUUGUAGUCAGACUUGAUUUAUUUUAUUUUUGUUUGCUUUUCUUUGUCUUACUGAUCUUCUGAAAUAAAUCUCUUCCACUUUUGUUCAUUGCAAAGAAAAUAUUUUUUUGAUGCUGAAUUAUUGUUCCAAAAGACGCUCCCUGACUCCAACUCAUGACUCUAAAGCCACAGAAAUUUUUUCUUUGUGAUGAAAAAUUGUCAUUUAUUGCUGUUGGAUCGUAACGACGGAGGACGAGGCGCAAUAAAGCACUUUAGAAAAUAUGGAGAAUAAAAGCAGUGAGUGUAUUUUCAUAAUGUUUAAUAAAAUACGUGAACAUGA